AUGAAUUGGUUCAAACAGCAGUUGGCGAAUGUUGUCGGCACCGAGGAACCCGAAUAUGGCCCCGACGCCAUCCAGCCUGUGACCAAACAGAUGGAGACAAAGCCGUACUCCAUCCUCAACAAGAACGACCUCAAAUGGAAGGCCAUGGACAGCACCAAUGUCGAGACCGAGACGUUCUAUCUCAUGUUGCCCGAUGGAACUACUCUCAUGCUGCAGGUUAUCUACAGCAACGUCGGUGGAAUCCAUACAACUGCGCAAUUCAACAGCAAGAUCUUUGAUCACGACGGCCCCGGGAAACAUCUUUGGUGCUCAGAUCCAUUGAGGGAUUAUGGGUUCGACGAGCCACAAACCUCAUUCUAUGCGGAGAAUCUGGCGUUGGAAUUGAACGAGGCGGGUGACACUUACACAAUCAAGUCGGCCGUGAACGACAACUGCAUUGUCAACGUGACGCUCACAAGAACAGCCCCGGGAUUCCAAUUGGGGAACGAUGGCACAAGCUAUUUCGGCACCGAUCCCGCAAACCCGUGGGGUUCUCUGCGACAUGCAUUCUGGCCGAGAUGUACGGUCAGCGGAACCGUAAAGACUCCGUCCAAGGAGUACGACAUGACUGGCAGAGGAUUGUAUGUGUACGCGCUUCAGGGUAUGAAGCCGCAUCACUUGGCUGUUAGAUGGAAUUUUGUCAACUUCCAAACACCCACCUACUCUGCCGUGCUCAUGGAAUACACGACACCCGCCUCAUAUGGAAAGACUGUCGUUUCUGUCGGCGGCAUUGCAAAGGACAAUGAGUUGGUGUGCGUUGGCCCAUGUACGGCCAAACAUGUCACCGCAGAACCAGAGACCGAAGCCGACUGGCCAGAACCAAAAAGUGUUGCCUUUGAAUGGAGAGGCGAGCACGAUGGAAAGCCCGUCAAAGGCGAGAUCACAGGUGAUCUACCAGUUCGGUCUGAUCGGGUUGAUGUGCUGGCCCAUCUGCCUGGCUUCGUCAAAUCCUUUAUCAGUGGCGCAACUGGAUUGAGGCCACAUAUCUUUCAGUAUUGCUCGAAAGACCAGCUCACCCUCAAGCUCAAGAUCGGUGACGAGGAGAUUUCGGAGCCUGGUCAAAUCUUCACCGAGGCGACCUUCAUAGCCUGA